GCGUGGUUAAGGCAUCGUAGAGUACACACUUACCGCAACAUGUCGACGCCUGUCGUACCCAUCUCGCCGACGGAGCAGGACACUGGUGCCUUUGACGCGACGCCGUCCAGCGCACGGCUGGCGGCGCUCCAGCGCGUUCAAGCGCGGGUUUUUGAGGCGCUCAAGCCCGUCAUCGGGCUCGUCAUCUGCUGCCUCAUCGUGGCCGACUCGAUCACGAACAACUGGAGCUUGAACGACUAUACGGGCAACGCAUACCACUUUCGGACGCCGGUACUGAGCGUCGCGACGGUCAAUGACGUCCGCGCCCAGUACAACUUUCCCCUCCGAUCUGUCUCGAUCUCGCCCGCGGGCAUUUGGAUGUCGUUCUUCAACGUCUUGCAGUUGGCCACGGGCGACCCGGACAUGUAUCUGCUCACGGCGGGCUCGUACACCGUCAACAAAGCCAUCUUGGACAAGCAAAGCCUCUGUACCGAAAUGGCCAACCAGUACACUCUCCAAGCCACCACGAGCCUCUCGGCCGUCAAAAUUGGCGCGUCCAUGGACUAUAUGACAUAUCUGCAGGGCAACAUUUUCUCGUCCUAUGACACGAGCACGCUGCCGCACAAUAUGUCGGGCGCGGCGCUCACAAGCCUUGGGUUCCUCCCGGGGCGGCUGGCCACAGACCUCCGGCUUUCGUCGGCAUUCAACGUCACCCCCGAUGUGCCUUACUCAAGCGUCAACGUCUCUUUGUAUCGCAUUUACAGCAAGUCGUUCUGCAGCGGCUGCACGCCAUUGGCCGAGCUCGGACUCCUCGAAUGCAAACUCACCUACUCGUACAACAGUACGUCGCGCGCGCUCGUUGUCCACUCCAGCAACGGCAUUUUGGGGUCCACCCAAGACGUCGGCGUCCUCCUCCAGAAAAGUUCGUUUGUGUCGGCGGCCGUCUACAUCAAGAUUCUCAGUCUUCUCUGGGUCAUUGUGAGUUUUGGCGCGAGUCGAAAGACGACCCGCUGGAUCGAAGUCGAGACGUGGUUCACGCUGCCGUGGUACUCGAAGCUCUGGUACACGGUCGCGCCACCGAUUUUUCGAUAUGCUUCGAGCGCUGUGAGUCUCUCAACUUUUUACUACAACUGCGACGGCUUUGUCCUUGGCUACUCGAUCGCUGUCAUGCUCGACAUGAACGCCUCGCUUGUCUACGCGCGGGAAGUCAACAUCUACAACAGUCUCAGCCCGAAUUCGUUCAUGUCGCUGCAGCUCUACUCGAUGGGCCUCCGGUUUCUGUGGGCCAACUGCCUCGUCCUCAAGGGCCUCAAGAUUGCCUUUCACUACCUUAGCAACGCGCAGACGACGGGCGACAACAAAAUGGUGCGCUUCUGCAACCUCAGCUCGGUGCUUUUCAUCUACCUCUCGGGCGUUGCGCUUCUCAAUGUGAACCAACUCAUUGAAAUGAACAACAAGGCGCGAAUCGACGUGCCGAUCUACAACCUCCAGCGCAUCAACGUCCACUUGGACGUCUUCGACUCGUGGUUUGUGCGCGCGCUCCCGACUGUGUUUGCGAUUGGACUCAUGAACCUCGUGUUCGUCCUUGCGCUCAACCACCUCUUUAUGCGCUCGUGGUGGCGCCGACUCGAGCGCAACACGCUGGCGCGGCAGUUUAUCUACAACUCGUCGGCGAUUCUCGUUGAAUUUUUUGAUGAAAAAGACUUCAAGCCGGUCGACACCGACGUCAAGGCGAUCGCGCCACUGGUCGUACCGGCGCGGUCGCUCUGCACGCUGCAGUGGCUCCUCACGUGUCACUUGAUUCGGUUUGGGCUCACCGAGUCGCCAUCGGUCGUCAAGGCCAUCGUGACGCGCACCGCGAGCAAGCAGAGCGGCGACCUCUUCAUGGUCGUCCAAGACUCGGACGGCAACGUUCGCCUCUAUGACGCCCACAAGGCCGAAGUGCAAAGCCUCGGCAUGGAAGUCAAAAUUCUCAACAACACCAACUACAUCAUCGCGUAAGACCAAGCUGGAUUUAUGUUGUACAAUAUAUAUACUUUAUAAACAUA